CUGGAUGAAAUUCCCGGCCAUCGCGGGAUGCCCAGGAUAAGCCUUUAUAGUGGACCCAUCGGUGCCAUAGGCGCCUUGGUAGGUACUAUACCGCCCGUAACACCGAGACCAGUAAGGUGUUACGUACGACCCACUGGAACCCCCCUUACGUACAUUAGACUGUGGGCUGACGGCGUCGGCAUUCUAUGACCUGAGUAGGCAGGCUGAACCCCUGUUGAAAUGGCUCAUAGGUUAAUGUCUCCACCGCCCCCGUCUCGUUAAAACCUUGGCAGGCCUCGUUUAACGCUUCCUGGCCGUCCCACUAUGGUGGUUGCGUAGGCUUGGUUGAUUCAUAUCCCAACUAGCACCGAUCUGGCUCUGAACCCUGGUGCUCAUAAGGCCCAGGGUCAACCCUCGCAUGGACCUCACUCCACGGAAAGACACCCAUGGGAUCACCACGGUGACUACGUACUGCGGCCAGGAAUAACGAACUCGAGUGGAGAUUCUUUUUACCUGGACAACACCCCCCACACACCAAACACACAGAUAGAGAAGAUGACUGAGGAAGCAGUCUUUGGUAGGCGCAACGCCCUUACCAGAUCCCCACCACCGUCAGCACCUGCGAAAGCUCAGGGCUCGAGCAUGUUCAAGCCCGGCCCGGAUGGCAAAGAGAAGGAGCGACCGCACUCUGACCCAUUAGAGCUGCUAAAAAACCUGGGUACUCGGGCCAAUGAGCUGGUCAAGAGGAUGAACGACCAGCGGCAUGUGGACAACGUGAUGAAAGAUUUAGCCCUGAGAGUGGUAACCCUUCAGGCCCUGGUGGUCAACAAUUUCGAGAAGCUGCACACCAGGACAAUUGAGACCGCCACUACUGGUACCCAAACAGCUGCGAAGGCGCCGCACACCGGCUCAAAGAGGCUGCGCGAGUCGCCUCAAAUGGCUGCGGAGCCCACAAAGAGGCAGAGAGGCACAAAGCUUCAACAAGCGUCGACCCAGCUCAAACCGCCGGUGCAGUCCCAGGAUGAACUAACCCGCUCGGGUACAGUGGACCAUGGUGCCACCCCAGCCGCUAAGAAACAGCUCAAGUGGCAGCAGGUGGGCCCUAGGGUAAGGAAAAAAAGGGAGCCCCGUGAGCGCGAGCCAAGGCCAGACGCAAUAAUCAUUCAACCCCAGGGCGAGCUUAGCUAUAGCGACAUCCUCCGUAUGGUCACCAGGCGCCAGGAUGGCAAGCUUCAGGAGGUAGGGGAUAAUGUUAACAGAAUCCGGAGGACGGCAAAGGGCGAGCUGCUGCUCGAGCUCAACGGCGCGAGCAAAAGCAACACAGCUAAGCUCAAGGAGGAUAUCAGCGCGGCACUGGGACUGCAGACGGGCAUCAGGGCGGUGUCAGAAGAACUCUGCGUGGAGGUCAGGGAUCUCGACAGCCUGGUUGAGAAGGAGGACAUCGCAGCAGCGAUAGCUGCAUCGAUAGACGCCCCCAGCGUGGACACCAGCGCCAUUAAAAGCCUGAGGCCAUCGUUCGCUGGUACGCAACUGGCAGUUGUGUGCCUGCCGCCCGUGCAGGCAAGAGCCCUGCUCAUGGUGGGGAAACUUAAAGUCGGAUGGACAAGCUGUAGGAUCCGGGAGCGGACAGCUCAACGACGAUGCUACAGGUGUCUGGAGUUUGGGCAUCUAGCAAUCAGGUGCAAGAGCGCGGUGGAUCGCACCGGAUGCUGCCUCAGAUGCGGCGUGAACGGGCACAAGGCGGCAACCUGUCAAAGCGAUCCGCGGUGUUUCAUCUGCACCGCUAACAACAGCAAUGAGACGAACCAUUAUGCGGGUAGCAGGAGAUGUCCAGCAGCCAGGAGCGUGCCCAGCUUGCCGGCCCAAUAAUGAAGGCUAUGCAGCUCAACCUCAACCACUGCGCUGCGGCUCAAGACCUGCUGAGCCAAUCCAUAAGAGAAUUGGCAAUUGACCUCGCCAUCCUCAGCGAGCCAUAUCAAACUAGGGAGUCCCCUGGGUUCAUCUUGGAUGCCACCAAAAAGGCCGCGAUAUGGCUAUGCGGGGCCACGCCAUUGCAGCUUUCCCUCUCAAGCGCUGCUGCUGGGUUUGUGCGCGCCAAGGUCGGAGGUACUCUAGACAACCUAGCGGCUGAUGCUAGAGGACGUCACCCAAUAGCCAUUGGAGGGGACUUCAACGCGUGGGCUGAGGAGUGGGGAAGCGUGGCGACGAAUGCGAGAGGUAGAGCUCUGCUGGAGAUCAUUGCGCCCCUGGACAUCGCGCUCCUCAACGAGGGAAACCAGCAUACCUUCUCCAGAGCAGGAACAGGAUCGGUCAUCGACCUUGCAUUUGUCAGCAGCUCACUUUUUAAUUGAUCGGGCUGGAGCAUCAGCAACAUCUACACAGGGAGCGACCACAGGGCAAUUAUAUGGGACACAGGCCAACAGACGUGUAGCGUAGAGACAGCUGCGCCCAGAUGGAGAUGCUAUCGCGCCGAAACGCUCAAUACGGCCCUGUUCAUGGAGCUUAUGUCCAACCUCACGGCGAAUGGAAAUGCUGAAUGCAUGGCCAACCAUGUCAUGGAGCAUCUGGAGGCAGCAUGCACUGCCACCAUGGCGUAGAGGAAGCACUACGGUC